AUGAGAGCCACAGGGCGUCCAUCUGAAAGUCUGGUGGUGGCAGCGGAAGCGUCUGCGGAGCGCUCUCCCAGGCGGAGGAGCAUAUCGGGGCUGGGCAGCUCGGAGAAGAACAAUUCCAUGGAUGGCUCCAACUCCUCACCCUUCAAAGUGCCUGGUUUUUUAAGCAAACGACUGAAAGGAUCCAUCAAAAGAACGAAGAGUCAAACAAAGCUGGAUCGCAACACAAGCUUUAGACUCCCAUCGCUACGACCAACAGAAAAUGACAGGUCACGAGGCCUGCCCAAAUUGAAGGAGUCCUGUUCCCAUGAGUCUUUGCUGAGUCCAGGCAGUGCUGUUGAAGCUCUGGAUCUGAGUAUGGAGGAGGACGUCUACAUCAAACCUUUACACAGCAGCAUUCUAGGACAAGACUUCUGCUUUGAGGUGGCAUACUCAGGUGGAAGUAAGUGCUUCAGCUGCUCCUCUGCUGCUGAACGGGACAAAUGGAUGGAGAACCUCAAGAGAACUGUGCAGCCUAAUAAGGACAACUGCAGACGAGCGGAAAACGUCCUCCGUUUGUGGAUCAUCGAGGCCAAAGAUCUGCCACCGAAAAAGAAGUAUUUCUGUGAGCUGUGUCUGGAUGACGUGCUGUACGGCCGCACCACCAGCAAAACCCGCUCUGACUGCCUGUUCUGGGGCGAACACUUUGAGUUCUCCGGCGUUCCGUCCAUUAAGAGCAUCACUGUACACAUCUACCGUGAUGUUGACAAGAAAAAGAAGAAGGAUAAAAACAACUAUGUGGGCCUGGUGAACAUACCAGUGCAAGGAGUGAUGGGAAGGCAGUUUGUGGAGAAAUGGUAUCCGGUCAGCACCCCCACCACCAGCAAAUCCAAAGGUGGAGGCCCCUCCAUCCGCAUCAAAUCUCGCUUCCAAACUGUCUCUAUCCUGCCCAUGGAGCAGUACAAGGAGUUUGCGGAGUUUGUGACCAAUAACUAUACCAUGUUGUGCUCUGUGUUGGAGCCCGUCAUCAGUGUGAAGAACAAAGAGGAGAUGAGAGGAUGUAAUUAUUACUAA